AUGUCUGGGGUAUUUCUGGGGUGGUUGGCCUCCCCCACACUGCGCGUGGUUGCCCCCACCGGAUCGCCGGAAAAGUGGCGGAGGUGCGUUGCCAACGACUUAAAGGGCGCUGUGGUUGUGUCCAGCUUAGGUGCAUUGCAUUGCAAGCUGCUGAGCAUGUCUGACCUGGCCCCAGUCCACUUCUUCUCCCAUGGCUCGACCGCCAUGCUGGGCGAGGCCUCGGAUUCCGCUGACUACUGGAAGCGAUGCGGAGAUGCUGCCCUCGCUCAUGGCAUCGAGCACGUCGUUAUCAUGGGCGCGCACUGGGCCGCAGUCGGCGACGAAAUACAUAUUGCGACCAACCCUCAUCCCACCAAAGCCCCCAUUGGCGGCGUUCACCCACGCAAGUACGUUGACUAUGAGCUGGUACCUGAUCUGCCGAUGGGCGAGCGAGUGAUUUCGACCCUGCGCCAGGCAGGCUUCAAUGCCAAAGCACACCCGACCUUCACCUGGAUCCACGAUGUGUACCUGAUCCUGAUCCGCACCUUUCCCACCGGUUGUCCGCCCACGACCAUCAUCAGCAUGAACGCAAGAUUUGAUCCACACUACCACAUGCGUGUUGGCGCCGCUCUACGUGAUUUGCGCCGCGAAAAAGUCCUUUUUAUUGGAUCCGGUGGGACGGUCCACAAUCUGUACCGAAAUGUCUGGGAUCCCCUGCUGCGGUAUGCGGAUAACUUUGCCAUGGAGUCGCCUCCAGGGAACUGGGCCCUCGACUUCCGCCAGGAAUUUGAAGAUGCGCUGAUGAAGUCAUCGGGCCCCCAGCUUCGCAAGGCAGUGACGAUGCUCAUGAAGAUCCCCAAGUAUCGGGAUGCCCAUGCCACGGACGAUCAUAUUAUGAGUGCCAUGUUUGUGGUCGGCUUGGUGGGAGCACCCGAGGACGUAGGGACACCGGUGGAACUGGGGGCGGAGGAUUGGGAGUUGACCAAUAUGUGCAACAGCCAGUUUACAUUUGGCAGGUGGGGAGCUGUCAGGGCUUGA